CUCUUGAGUCUCGACGACCGCCCGUCUUCGUCUUCUUCCUCGUGGUCGGUCUGUGAUGCCCCGAGGCAGGGUCCGAUUACUCAACCGAUGCGACAGCUAAGUCAACUGAAUUCCCGGAGUCUGGCAAAGCCGGUGUUGUAGCGAUGUAAGGCGCAUGAUGUCACGCUGUUCCAUUUCUUCACUCCUCGUCGUGCUCCUCCGUCGAGGUUUGAGGUUUUGAAUCCUCCGAGAAGCUCGUUAUCAAUCGACCGAAGCUUGCGGGUCACCGGUUCUCUAUCUACGUCCUAUAUCAGAAAUGGGGAUUCUCGUGCUUUAGUCUAGAAGACUCCUCCUUAAUGACUCCUGAUUCUGAGUGUCACGGAGAUAAUUUGUCCGAGGAAUUUUUGGAGCGUAAAUUGGAUCAAUCAAAAGGGUGCGAGAAAAGAUUGGAUUUCAGAUAUUCUAAAGGUAAUGCUCUUUGGGAUUGCCUCUUUCUGUUUGCUCAGGUCACAUGAAUAAUUCUGUUUCAGGUUCAUACAGUUGGGUUCGGAAAAUGAUAUUUGCCAUACAGAGGACAACCCCUGUACAGCCUCUUUACUGAUGUAGCUGAAGGUCUUGAUCGGAUGGCAAUCCUCCACCGUUGUCUUGCAAGGUUUCAUCUCCUUCCAUCUGACUGGUUCAGGCUUACCCUUAAGGAAAAGUGGCAGUUUGAUGUUGGGCUGGGCUGCCCUUUUUCCUUUUGUCAAUCAUACAAGUCAACUAAAAUUUGUUACCUACAUGCCCGUUAGAUUCUCAGUUUUGAUGAGUUUGGUAGGUUUUGCCGUGGCACACUUCAAUAUCCACGGAAUGCUACCAUUUCUCUUUGGUGGCUCUUACAUAAGCUUGGAAUGCCCUUGUACUCUGUACUUUAUUUUUCUUAAGCUCAGGGAUCAGUUUCUUUAUACUCUGUACUUCCAGGGUUUCACUUGAUCUAUUGCGACAAACUGUCCUUUUCGAUAAUCUUGUAGGAAGUGAACUUUAUUGUUACUUUCGUAUCAGCACCAAUUUCCCACAUCUUGUGAUGGAUGGAAUGUCCAUCCUUCCGGUGGAGAAGUGGGGUUAAGUAACUUAAGCUAAAGGCUGUUAUAGAACUGAUGCAACAUCCUUCCAUGAUUCAAUUACUGUAGUUAGAAGUGACCAACUGCUAGUCUCACUUGGAGUCCUCGUUUUUAAACUUUUGCCGACUCAUGCAUAAAUGAUUAUAAAAGAUAAUUCUGGAAGACAGGAACAGUGAAGUAAGUGUAUUAUGAUGUGCUGAACAAAUCAGUUUAAUUGCUUUUCCUCAAAUUUAUUUUCUGCCACUGAAAACAUUCUCCUUGGAAUUAACUGCUUUAUGUACGUAGAUUCUCUGGCAUUUGCUCAUUGUUUUCGAAGGGGGACGCAAAGCGGGACCAGUUGGUUUCAGGUCACUUUCCAUUCUUAGCUUUUGUCCCAGAAACCUUGUUUAAUGUCUAUAUCAUUCCCCGACAGUUCUAUGGACCUUUGUCUGCUAUUUUUGUUUUUGUAGAUUGUUUGCAAAUAAUAAUUAGUUAUAUUUUGGAUGAAAAAGACAUUGCUUUCUCUAGCAUUUAAGUUUUGAAAAGAUUCUAACUCACCACCACUCAGACUGUUAGUGGAUGUAAAAGCCUGAAAUUUCCUUACCAUGAGAACUAGAUGAUAUUUUUUAUUUUUCCUGUUUCUUCUCCUUUCAUAUUUUUUUAUGUCUCUGUUUAACUCUUUCAAGGACAAAAAACAUGGCUACGUAUUGCAGUAGGCAUCAUUCACCCCUUAUCUAGAUCCUGAACAAGAGAAUUAAUUUCCAACGAGUCAUCUUGUAUAUUUGUUGUAAUGUUGUUCUGAAUUAAAGGACUGUGAAUAUUGUUGUCUGAAUUACAACUCUUCUCAUGUGUCAUUAUGAUGCUCGACUUUAUCUUAAUCUAGGAUGUUGCAUCUCUUUUUUUUUUCCCCUUUUCCUCCAGCCAUCCUGUGAGAGAUACUAGAUUUGGUUGAUAUGAUUUUUUUUUUUUUUUUUUUUUUUGACAAACUUAUUAUUUGCAAGUUAUGAAAAUAUGUUGGAGCCAAAGAAUUUACAUCUGGAUAUAUGUCAUAAAAUUAGUGCAAGUUCUAACUGUUGCUUUCCUAGGGAAUUUUCUGAUUUAGAGUUGAUAGACUAUGCUGGCCUGCAUUUAAUAUGUUAUCUGAUGGGUGCUGUAGAAAAUUUUAUAGCAUGACAUGUUUUAUUUUAUUUUAUUUUUUAAAGAAAAAAGAAAUUAGACAUUUGGUACUUCAAAGGGGCUACUCACCUUUUUGUCGUAUUGAUGUUUUUAGGUAGAUGAAAAACAUUAUUUGCUUUCACUAUUUGGACAUGUAUUUUAUGAUCCUUUAUGUUGAGCUCUUAGCUGUGGCAGGUAGGUUAUGAAAAUGAGCAUGUUGAAGUCAUCUUUUCGGGAUGCCUGUGUUUGAUAAUCGCAGAGUAAGUACCUGAGAAUAUUGUGAGAAAACAAUUCAGGCUGAGUGAAAUCACCAAAAUAUUUCUAGUAUGCAUCCAAUAAAUAAAUAUUUUUUAUAGAUAUUCUUGUUUUCUUUUUUAGAGCAUCUUGGAUUGACCGUAGGGUUGACAUUAACAUACCCAGCAGAGACCCUAAUUGGUUUUGAUUCAUUUCUCUUUGUAGAAUAUUAUUAGUUUCGAAGAAAUUUUUGAAAACAGAAUGAUCUGUUUUCUUUUUUUUUUUGAAUGAGGGACAAUUAUCUGUUUUAUCAUCUUGUUACAUUGCUCUAGAGGCUGCGGAUGUGUAAAAAUGUAGUAUGCAUGAACCUAUGCCAUUUUCUUUUCUUAUAAUUUAGUUGUGAUAAUUUAUAAAUGAAAUAAAACUGCAAAAAAAAGGAAAAAGAAAAGGUAGCUAUCUUCUUUUGUGAAGUUUAAAGUAAAUGUGGGGUUAAACAGCCCUGAUGAAAUAGUAGAUUGCGAGUACUAGUGGGGGCUCACAUUGCUGUUUCUUUUCUUUUCCCUUUUUAAUUAUUAAAUCUCAUUGUCUCUUGCCAAACAACCACAUAUAGAUGCAUUAGUGAGAGAGGAUAUGAAGGUAUAUAAAUAUGUAGGAGAUAUAUUUGUUCCAUGAGAGAAGAGCCCUUGCUGUUAACCCACCUCGUCUGACUCUUUCUUUUUUGAGAAUCUUUUCAUCUCUAUUUUCUUACAUAACUUAGUAGAGUGGAAGCCAUGGAAACUUCCUCUCAGCCUCUGUCCAUUGAAAGUUUUUCCUAUAGUUGGCUAGUAAACCUAAAACCAUCCUUAGACAGCCUUGAUGGCUCUCUCCGAGCCUCCUUGGAUGCAUGCGAUGAAGCUUCCUUCAUCGAGAUGGACCCAAGAAUGCCACCUUCUAAGAGAUUCUUUAGAAGUUCUCAAGAUUUAAAGUUUGAUUUCCCCAUUGCUCAGUCUCCUCUUGCUCUUGUUCAUGCUGAUGAGCUGUUCUCCAAUGGUUAUGUUAUGCCUCUUUUUGUUGAUCCAUUGAAGAUGGAGGCGUUUAGAGCCUCUGAUUCAGCUCCGGCCAUCCCUACCACCUCCUCCCACACUUCAAAACUUGGGAUUCCAGCUAAGAAAGCAAAUACUUUUCCCAGCAGAAGGUGCCGAAAACUGUCAAAGCGAAUGUUCCUCAAGUAUUUGGCUUUUCUCAGGCCAUUGUAUCAGAGACUUCGGGGACGCAAGUCGAGUUCCAGUCCUGGCAGUGUUGAUACAAGACCCCGGGGAAAGAAGAACUGGGUGUACUCGACUGAAACUUCUCCACGGAUAAGUGUUGCUUACUCCACGGAUGACUGUUGGCGCAGGUCUUGUGAUUCUGAAAGUUCCAUUUAUGAAGCUGUUCUCCACUGCAAAAAAUCUUUCGGAAAAUAACUUGAAGUUUCUUGUAUAUAAAACACUCUCUCUCUCUGUGUCAGAGAGAGAGAGAGAGAGAGAGAGAGAGAGCAGAAGAAAGAAAGACAAGGGAAAUUAAGAAGCCAAUGCAGAUACCCAUGUGAAGAAUAUCACCAGCUACUCGUCCUUUGUUUUUUCUUCUCUUCAUCCGGAAUCUUGAUAAUGUAAAUUUUUGUCCUAUAAUAGAUUAAUUAGAAGCUGUUUGAAUUCCUGGAGCCAUUGAAAUUCUGGGCUGAGGGGGGAAAAAAAAAAAAAAAGAAAACUGAUGGCUUCUGUCUUAAAUUCUUCCUUACAGGAGGCAAGCAACAAGAAGGAAUCUCUUCUUUAUUCUUGUAAAGCUCUUUUCUUAAGUAAAUGAAAUUGGGAUUUUACUUUUUCUAAGUUUCAAUUUUCUAUAUAUCAAACUGUUUGAUAAGGUUCGAGUUGCAGGACCACAAAAUAUGUGAUGAAAGCUGUUGGAUGAUAAUGUUGAUGAUGAAAUUUCUGCUUUCACUGUUUUGAGGUCCCUUCACUUCUUCGAACACAUGCUACCGAGAAAUCAGAAACUCUCCGGUUCGAACCUGGGGUGGUUUUUUCGGAAACGAAUUCGGAAAAUAUGUAAACUUCGGUUUUAGAUUUAUAUCUUCACAUUUAAUUGUGAAUUUAUAUGUAAAUUUUGUGUAUUCUUCUUCAGUUUCUGAUAAUAUUUGUAGAAAACUGCAUGUUAUUGUAAACAUACUUUGAGAAGAGAAUGCUUCAAUGUUUGUGAUUCCAAGAAAA